CGCACGUCAUUGUGGAUGUUGUGCCAGGUCGAGUGGCCGUGUGUUGCCAUAACUUACGUUGUAAUACUUUAGUGUACACGUUAACGAAGGUUGGCGACUCAAUGAGAAUAUAACAGGAGUUCCGGCUUCUAUGAUACAGUGACAUAAACAGGUUACUGAAAAGGGAGACCAUAGAUGUUGAUGUCUCAAAGUCUUGUGACCUGGAAGAAUGAGUCAUAAAUGGGCUCCAAAAACCUGGGUCAUAUUAAGCGGAACGCAUGCCCGCAAGUCAGCAGCAUCACUCUCCUUGGCUGGUGCCUCUCACUGCAGGGUCCAUGUACAACAACCCUGUUGCUACAAGGUUGGCUAUCUCAGCAGGAGGCAUGUCCACCACCUCAGGAUCCCUGGGCGAAAGGGAUGGAUCUGUAAAGCUCACCAGGUGAGACAACGGCUUGGACUCCACACCAGCACCGUGUACCUGAACACUUCCGCCUCACGGUGGUCUGCUGGUCUGAGCCAACAGAUGUUGCGGGUCAGGAACACACUGGACACGGUUUCUAAAGCUGUGAGUGGGACACACACAGAACUCCUCUCCAAAAUCGCCAAACUCAAGCCGAAUGCUUUAAGAGGUGAGAAAGAGGCGGAGGCAAGUGUUGAGUCGGCCCCGAAAGCAGAGGAGAGCGCAGUCCCACCUAGUCCUUCUACAUCUACUCCACCCAAACCUACAUCUAGCUCAUCUUCUGCCACACUUUCUGUUCCUACCUCUGCUUCUACAUUUGAUGCAAAUGCCACUACCGCUACACAUUCUCACAACCCUGCCCAAGUGACCGUCACUGCCACACUUCUGACUGUGGGGGAACUUAAGGAGAAAAGACCGAGACGUGUUGUUCCCGCUGUCAAAGCCAUUUCUGCCAGGAAACAAAAGGAGCCAAAACCUUCACAGAGUGAUCCUGAGAGCAAGGGCUCCACUUCCGAACAAACCACGGCACUUUUCCAUCCCAGCACCAUUUCCGUCAGCCUGGAUGAGACUUACAACUACCUGGCCCAUCACAUCAACUCCUACUUUGGCAGCAGUACAAAUGACAAGAAAGUGGACAAUGUUUACUCUCCCUCUGCUUCCUCUCAGGGUCAACAAACCAGUGGCCUCGUGCCAGUGCCUGGUAAAACAGUCUCUGCUGCUCUGGUUACCCCGCCUUCCACGAAGAAGGGCUUAGGACACUACCUGUCCUACUCGGCUCCCACCGUACAAGCCUUCGUAGGAAGCUACAUUGCUCCCCUGGUCCCAAAGUUUAGGACGGCGGAGUACAAAAGUGCUGCAGUGGAGGAAAAGAAGCCUGAGGAUGCACCUGUCCAACAGAUUGAGGUCACAAUUAGUAAGGAGCAGAAGACUGCAGAGGAGAACGCCAAAAAACUACUACUUCAAAGAGAGAAGAUCAUUGCCAGGGUGAGUGUGGACAAUCGAACUCGGGGUCUGGUUCAGGCUCUCCACAGGGCCUCGGAUGUAAAGGUCUACAUCAACAGGGUGGAGGACCUCAGCUACCAUCUGCUGGAGUUCCCAGAGACCAGUGGUGUUGCAGUCAAGGAGCAGGUUAUCCCGUGUCUGCUGCGUCUGAACCAGGCCAGUGAUCCAGGCCUGAGGGCGGCAGUUAGAGAGGCCCUCGCUCUGGUGGGCUACCAUAAACCCGUGAAAGGCCGGGGCAUACGGAUCCUGUCCAUAGACGGAGGAGGGUUAAGGGGACUUGUUGCACUUCAGACGUUACACAAGCUGGAAGCCCUGACCGGGAAACCCAUUUACAAGCUGUUUGAUUAUAUUUGUGGUGUCAGCACAGGUGCCAUCUUGGGGUUCAUGCUAGGUGUGUUCCAAAUCCCGCUGAACGAGUGUGACGAUCUCUACCGCAAGCUGGGUUCAGAUGUCUUCAAGCAGAACGUCAUUGUCGGUACUGUAAAGAUGGGCUGGAACCAUGCUUUCUAUGACAGCGAAGCCUGGGAGAACAUCCUCAGAGAGAGAAUGGGCUCUCAGCUUCUGGUGGAAACUUCAAGAAACCCAGAAUGCCCCAAGGUGGCAGCAGUGAGCACCAUUGUGAACCGCGGCACUCCUCUCAAGGCUUACGUCUUCAGGAACUACAACCUGCUGCCCCGGCUGCGCUCCCACUACCUGGGGGGUUCCCAGCACCAGCUCUGGCAGGCCAUCCGCGCCUCCUCAGCAGCCCCUGGUUAUUUCCAGGAGUUCAAGUUGGGAAAUGAUCUCCACCAGGACGGAGGUCUGCUGAUUAACAACCCCACAGCGCUGGCUAUCCAUGAGUGUAAGUGCUUGUGGCCCAACUCGCCCCUGGAGUGCGUGGUGUCACUCGGUACGGGCCGCUUUGAAACUCCCGGCAAGAACAGCAGCACCUACACGAGCCUCAAAACCAAACUCACCAAUGUCAUCAGCAGCGCCACGGACACCGAGGAGGUUCACGCCAUGCUCGACGCCUUCCUCCCUCGCGACGCUUAUUUCCGCUUCAACCCCUUCAUGAACGAAGACAUCUCCAUGGACGAGAACCGUCACGAGAAGCUGAACCUGCUGCAGGCCGACGGCCUCCGUUAUCUGGAGAGGAACGAGGAGAAGCUGCAGAAGGUCGCUCGCAUCCUCACCCGAGAGAAAAGCUCAGUCCAGACGAUGACGGAGUGGGCCAGGCUCAGGGCCGACAUGUAUAACUUUAAAACGUCGAAGCUCUAAGUCCAACACAAGCCACCUUUACCUCACGCAGAAACUCUCCUCUUAUUCUAAAUAGCCUAGAAUAUGUCAUAUUACCCUCAUUGGUGUGUCUUAGUUGUUGACUUGUUGACCUGUAGCUUUGAAAAACGUGUAAACGCAGAAGUAGGUGAUGCGUCCAACAGGCCAAACACUUUGAUUGUGUCUGGUUGUCAUUGUGGUUGGCGGCACUCGACUUGGCAAAAGGAAAUUUGUCCCUAAAUAGAGAUUCACUGUCAGCUAGCCAAUGCAGCUCGUAUCCUUAAAGGAAUAGUUCAACAUUUUAGGAAAUAUUCUUGUUUGCUUUCGUGCCCAAAGUUGGACGAGAAGAUUGACGCCACGUAACGAUGAGAAUGGUAUCCAUCUUCUCAUCUAACUUUUGUCAAGAAAGCCAGUAAACAUAUUUCCUAAAAAUAGACAGAAUACUGUUAAGUUCUACAGUAGCCAGUAACGGGACUGUUUUACCAAGUGAGGCACUGUUGAGGCACUUGUUUUUCCUUUAAAGAUGUUGUGACCGCCAAUAUGUCCUCACAAACUUGUGUUUGUACUUUCACAUAAAACGUGUAGCUGGGAUAUCGUGUACUUGUUAAGCUAAGCUGCAGAACUGUGACACAGGAAAACACCAAUACUGUAACAAGUGCUAACAAAAAAAAGAAAUCCUUUUUAUUUUUGUAAAUGGGUCUAUUGUUUGAGCACUAAAUGCAAGUGACAAUUCUGAAAUGCACUGACUAAAAUGUGCACUUCUUAACAAAGAGGCUACUGGUCAACUGUGUGACGGUAUACUGACAGUAACAUUUGGUAGAUGAGGGUCCACUUCAAGCAUUACAGUAUCGCGUAGUUCUACGUAAAUGCAUGUUAUAUUUAAGAUUUUACACUAAGAAAAGUAAAUAUUGGGGGGGGAGGGGAGAGUGUUUGUUGCAAAGAUUUACCUCAAUAUUUAUUUCUAAAAUACCUGUAAUGAUUAAUAAAUAUGAAUAGCAGGUGAAUAUAAAUGGAGGCACGCUGGCAUAAGGAUGUAACGUUUGUGUUAUUUUAGCCUCGGGAGUAUUUUAAGUUGACUUGUUUCAAACUCUUUUAGCCUCAUGUGCAUGAUUGUUUGGUUUUAUGGAUUCCCUGAGGGCGAUGCACUUUUGUCUGCUCCGUCCGUCUUCAGUGUGCCCUCUUUACCUUUGCUGGCUCUUCUCUAAAGCCUCUUUCACCCUUUCUACUUUGAAGUGCUGCGUGUCAGCGCCCACGCUGCGGUGCUGUGACGUAUGUUGAAAUCACGCAGGUCAUAGCUGAGGGACUGGUUUAAAACAGAUUGCUGCUUGAUUGAUUUGUCAUGGUUUCAAAUGAUCUUAAUAACAUGUACAGCUAAAAAAAAAGAAAAAAAAAAAAAAAUGCACUUCAGACAUUCAUGCCUAACCUGGUCAAGUACUGUAUAACGGAUACAGCAAUGUGUUGGUCACUCCCAGAGGACCUGAGGUAAAGUGGGUUCAGAUUUUACCCAGAUUAAUAAUUCCGCUGUUCUGUUGAUUAUGUGUAAAGACUGUUGGAGAGUGUAUGUAAUUAAAACCCAUCAC